AUGUCGAGUCGACGAUCUGCCCGCCUUAGUGCUCAGGCCCAAGCCCAGGCUGAGAGCAAGGAUACGCCGUCCGCAAUGAUGCCGCCUCCUUCUACUACGGCAACCAAGUCACGCAAGCGAAAGGCGCCGCCGUCUGCCUCGGCCGAGGAUGGGCUGCCGACUGAGGCGCCAGCCACCCCCAAGAGACGAGCAAAGAAAACAGCGGUCCCUUCUCUACCGUCCACUCCAACAGCCACACCCAGCGCAGUCCGCCUCAUCGCUGAACCAGCAGCUACUCCCGCUUCGAAGCUGACAGCAUCAUCAUCCGUCACGCCAAAGCCAAAGCCUCGGGCUGUAGCGCAGCUCGCAGACCCAAACCUGACCAAUGCGCCGUUGCUCUCGCCAGAGACGUCCAGGGUCAUCUCUUAUAACCCAACGACCACGGCGAACAUCCUCGAGGAGGCAUGUGCGCAUCUCAUCAAGGUCGAACCCCGCAUCGAGCCCCUGAUCACAGCCCAUCACUGCCGAAUCUUCUCCCCCGCCGGGCUCGCCGAGAAAAUCGACCCCUUCGAGUCCCUCGCGUCGGGCAUCAUCUCCCAGCAGGUCUCCGGCGCGGCGGCAAAGGCCAUCAAGGCCCGCUUCAUCGACCUCUUCGACCACGCAGAUGCCGCGGACGCCACGACCACCACCGCGACCAACAAGUUCCCCACGCCGUCGCAGGUCGCGGCCGCUAGCAUCGAGCGCCUCCGUUCCGCAGGGCUGUCGCAGCGCAAGGCCGAGUACAUCCAAGGGCUGGCGGCCAAGUUCGCCGAUGGCGAGCUCACCGCACGGUGGUUUGCCGACGCCCCCUACGAGGAUGUCCUCGAGAGGCUCAUCGCCGUCCGCGGGCUGGGCCGCUGGAGCGUCGAGAUGUUCGCGUGCUUCGGGCUCAAGCGGAUGGAUGUCUUUAGCACGGGAGACCUCGGUGUGCAGAGAGGCAUGGCCGCGUUUGCGGGCCGGGACGUGUCCAAGCUCAAGGCCAAGGGCGGCGGCAACAAGUGGAAAUACAUGUCCGAGAAAGAGAUGGUUGAUAUGGCGGCGCCAUUUAGUCCGUAUAGAAGCCUAUUCAUGUGGUAUAUGUGGAGAGUCGAGGAGACGGAUAUCAGCACGCUCGAGUGA